CUCCUUGCAGCACGAGGGUAUCUCACUCUCCAGAGUUGAGUCAGUAACUGAAAAACAGAAAUACACACAACGUACCCCUUUCGAUCUGCCUACAUACACAAUGGCGUCUCAGCUCUCUUCCUCCUUUGGCUCUCUCUCAAUCUCAGACGAGUCGCAUUUCCAGCUAGUAGAGGAUCUGCUCCCCACCAUCCUGCAUCUAGCUGCUGGACCGGGCGGGUUCCAUCAUGCGCUGGUCUGCAAGAAAUGGCGUGACGUGGCAUUCCGCGUGCAGGACGCCAUCCACGUGCGCCGAGAUCGCGGCAUGAAUGCUCGCGAGCUGCUUCGCCAGCUCUCGUCAUUCCCUAGGCUCAAGAAGCUCGUCCUCUCCGAAGCCAGCCUCAUUUUCGUUCCAGACUUUUUCCUCUCUGCCCUGGCUCCCGGUCUGAUCGAUCUUCACAUCGAGGCGAUGGACGAGAUGUACGGUGACGUCAGCGGUUUCAUGGAGGUCGGAAUCUCUCGCCUUUUCGAGCGGUGUACGCGACUGGAGCAUCUGUAUCUAUCUUGCCCAUCUCGUGUUUCCUCCCUUCCGCAAUGCAUCAGCGGUCUCUCUCGGCUCAAGAACCUCCAUCUCGAAGCCGAUAGGGUCGAGCAUCUCCCCGAAUCCAUCACCUCGUUACAGUCACUCGAGACCCUCGCGCUACACAUGGAUCAGCUGCAAAAUCUGCCACAAGAUUUCGGCAAUCUGACAUUCCUGAAGUCCUUGCAGCUGCGAUCCUGUAACUUGCUCAGUUCCCUGCCGGCGUCCGUCCAUCAGCUUACGAAUCUACAGAGUCUUUCCAUCGUCGCCUGCCGCACUUUCCAACUGCCAGAUACCAUUCCCACGUUCCCUGAACUCAACCUACUUGAGAUACGAAGCUGCGACGAGCUUUCCUCGCUCCCUGAGAACUUCGGCCAGCUCCAGGCGCUGGAGACCCUACACCUCGAGCGGGUGAGGGGAAUCACGGCUCUGCCCGAAUCCUUCGGGCAGCUGCAGCGGCUGCAGCUCCUCUCCGUCACGCACUGCCCCGACUUAUCCUCUCUACCGGCCUCCUUUCCCCAUCUGUCAUCUCUCUCAAGUCUCCACCUCGCAGGGGUGAACCUGUCAGAGCUGCCUGACGGCAUCGGCCGGUUGUCAAAGCUACGGACUUUCAAGCUGGAAGGUGGAAGUCUCACCAGCUUGCCCGACUCCAUCUCGCGCGCAGCUGCCAUUCAAGAGCUUCAUCUCACGCGGCUUCCAAAUCUUGCAUCCCUGCCCGAGUGCGUUGGCGGGUGGACUGCAUUGAAGACUCUGUUCGUGUCGGACCUUCCAAGGCUGGCAUCUCUGCCGGAGUGCUCUGGCCAGCUGGCCGCAUUAGAGGCUUUGCAUCUGCGGAGGCUUACGAAACUCACCCACCUGCCGGGCUUUCUCGGGCAUCUGGCGAAACUGCGGGAGCUGGAGAUUGACAGCUGUGAGGGGCUGCAGCUGCUGCCUGACUCCCUCAGCUUGCUAUCUUGCCUUGCGCGGUUAAAAGUGAGUCAUUGCCCCAGGCUCACUGCUCUACCAGAGGGCAUGGGGGAUGGCCUACAGAGCCUGCAUGAGCUGGUUUUGAUGUGCGAAGGUCUCACCCACCUCCCUCCAUCGGUUUUCCAUAUCUCAUCGCUAGAGACGAUCACGAUUGGGGAACUCAACUGCGUGAGAGGCACCCUGCCAGAGAGCUUCGGCUGCUUCAGAAACCUGCACAAGCUCUCUCUAUCUGACCUGCCGCACCUGUCAGCCCUCCCUGCCUCGCUCUCUCCACUCACACUCUCGCUCACCAGCCUGACAGUAAGAAACUGCAACGAGCUGGAGGAGCUGCCAGAGGAGAUGGGGCAGCUGGAGCGGCUGGAGGAGCUCCGGAUCCUAGACUCGAACGGCUUGAAGUCUCUCCCCCGGUCGCUGCUCAAGCUGCCUCGCCUGCAGGAGCUCGAGGUGCACAGCUGCAGGAACCUGGGCGAGCUUUGCCGUAGCGACAGCUUGGCUGGCGGUGGCAGCAGCAGCAGCAGCAGUAGCGAUUCUGGGAGUUUUGGAGCUGAGGGGCUUCCGUCGCUGCAAAGCUACAGUUGUGUGCCGUGUGACGCACUCGACCCAUCCUUGGGCUGCAUCUCCCCACUGAAAACGCUGAUGCUGCUACAGGUGCCGGCACUGACUUCGCUUCCUGCGUCCAUCACUAACCUGGCGAGUCUGGAGCAUCUGGACAUCUCCUUUGCCACGUGCAUGGAAGCCCUGCCCGAAACAUUCGGAAGACUAUCCUGCCUCGCCUCCCUCAAGCUGAUUGGCCUUGAGAGCCUGCACAAGCUGCCCGAAUCGUUCGGGCAGCUGAAAAGGCUCGAGUCUCUGGUCAUUGAACGGUGCUCCAAGCUAACCAGGCUCCCGGAAUCCUUCCCCGGUCUGCCCAGUCUGCGGCACCUCCGCCUCUCCGGGUGCAAGGGGCUCUCCUCCUUUCCAAGAGACUUUGGAAACCUUUCCUCCCUGCAGACCCUCGAGUUGAGUACUCUGCCAAGUCUUGGCAGCUUGCCUGAAACUUUUCCACAGCUGCCCCGACUGAAGCGCCUGCAAGUUCAAGAGUGUAAGGAGCUGUCGCAGCUGCCCGUGUCUCUCUGCGACAUGCCGCUGCUGCAAUGGUGCUCGAUCUACAGGUGCCCUCUGAUCUCUAACCGAUUCAAACGCAUUUUUGGGAGGGGAUACACGGAGGAGGCACGGGUGGAGAUGGAGGUGUGUGGGGAGGAGAGGAAUGGGACCGGCAGAAGGAUGAUGAGGUGGAUGGUGUCGAGCUAGGUUAGGGGGACAUGAGAACAGGGGGGGUGGGAGACAGUUGGGAAGGAGAGGAGGAUGUGGAGGUGGGUGGUGACGAGACAGGAGAUGCCCAGCAGCUCAGGAAAUAGGCUAGGGGCAGAAGUGAUGUUUGCUUUCAAUACUCAUGUUGAAGUGAGCUUCCUGUUCUGUUCUAAAGUUUAUUUUGAGUGUGGCA